GACGGACGCGACUUGACUUUGCAUUAUUGACCCCAUCAUGGAUCCCGGAGUGCCCCUCGUCGUCGACAACGGAACUGGUUUCGUGAAAGUCGGCUACGCCGGGUCCAAUUUCCCUGAGCAUGUCUUCCCCUCCAUUGUCGGUCGCCCAAUCUUGCGCGCGGAGGAGCGCGUUGGGUCUGCGGUCAUCAAGGAUAUCAUGAUCGGCGACGAGGCCGCGGAGAACCGCAACUACCUGCAGGUCACCCAGCCCAUGGAGCACGGUAUCAUCAAGAACUGGGAGGACAUGCGCUAUCUGUGGAACUACACCUUCGAUGAGAAGCUCAAAAUCAACCCCCAAGGCCGCAAGAUCCUCCUCACCGAGCCGCCCAUGAACCCGAAGGCCAAUCGCCAGAAGAUGGCGGAGGUCAUGUUCGAGGAGUACGGCCUUGGGGGCGUAUACGUUGCGAUCCAGGCCGUGUUGACGCUUUACGCGCAAGGUCUGACUACCGGUGUCGUUGUCGACUCAGGAGAUGGUGUCACACACAUUGUCCCCGUAUACGACGGCUUUGCACUCCCUCAUCUGACACGGCGAUUGGACAUUGCUGGCCGCGAUGUCACCCGCUACCUCAUCAAACUCCUCCUCAUGCGUGGCUACGCCUUCAACCGAACCGCCGACUUCGAGACCGUCCGCGAGAUCAAGGAGAAGCUGUGUUACGUUAGCUACAACCUCGACCUCGACACUCGAUUGUCGGAGGAGACGACGGUCUUAGUCGAGAACUACACCCUGCCCGACGGCCGAACAAUCAAGGUCGGCUCCGAGCGCUUCGAAGCACCCGAAUGCAUGUUCCAGCCACACCUCGUCGACAUCGAGCAACCCGGUGUUGCUGAAAUGCUCUUCCAAACCAUUCAGAACGCCGCCGUCGACGUCCGCAGCGAGCUCUACAAGCACAUCGUCCUAUCAGGCGGUUCCAGCAUGUACCCCGGCCUUCCUAGCCGUCUCGAGAAGGAAAUGAAGCAGCUCUACCUUACGCGCGUGCUGAACGGCGAUCCGUCGCGCUUGAACAAAUUCAAGAUCCGCAUCGAGGACCCGCCCCGCCGGAAGCACAUGGUCUUCCUCGGCGGCGCCGUACUCGCGGACAUCAUGAAAAACCGCGAGGAUUUCUGGAUAUCGCGCGACGACUGGUUUGAGCAGGGCGUGCGGUCGAUGGAUAAGCUGGGGAGGGGGGAUUAGGUGCGGAUAGUGCCAAACACUGUACGAUUGGAGACUACGAUUUCACGCAAUACGAAUGUAAGAAUUGGAUGGACAAGAUGCGCGACAGGUUGGGACGCUCGUACUGCCCCAAGAGUGAACUGUCACGCUAGCACUCUAUGUCUUUCCACCCUGAUUCGCAAACUUUGAAAGGAUACGACUAUGCGGGUUUGGUGGGACAGACAGCCGCUGAAAAUCGGCCGUCGGAAACGUCACUUCGGAGGGGACACUGAGAAAGACGUACGCUCGUCCCCCUCGUCCGCGGUUCUGCUCGUGGACAGAUGGCUGAUAUCGUUCCCAAA